UUGGAGAAGUAUCGAACUACAGGAAGAAAUGCCAAAAAAACCGUACAUACCAACUCGCCUAUUAGAGAGAUCAAGUCAGUUACGGCGACUUCAAAAUCAAAAAAUAAACAUAACCAUAACCCAACAUUCAGACAUACUACCUCAGAAUCAUUCACAAUCACCAUUAAUAGAGCAUAUAGAAUUGGAAACUACCAAAACAACAUCGCCUGUCCAACUGCAAAUUGAACCAAAUGAUAUCAUAGACCAUAGUAAGAAUCUUGUACAAUGUUUACCACCCAUUUCAGUAUUAAAUACAUAUACUUUUAAAGAAAAAUUAGCUCGUUUAAUUAUUGAUGGAAAUAUACCACGGAAUAAAGUAACUGAAUUACUGCACUUAUUACAUAAUGUUGAAGAUUUAAAUGAGUUAAAGAAUCUACCAUUAGAUUCUAGAACUCUAUUAAACUGUCCUAAAUCUGGUAGUGCAUCUAUUAUUCCAAUGGAAAAUGGUCAAUAUUUUCAUUUGGGACUAAAAGAAGGUUUAACACACUUAUUGCAACAGUAUCCAUACUUGAAACAAUUAAAUAUAUUACCUGUUUGGAUAGCAAUAGACGGAAUACCAAUAUUAGGUCAUGAAUUUUGGCCAAUUAUGGGAGGUCUAAAAUUGGAUACUGAACAAAUUCUUCCAUUUGUGAUUGGAGUUUAUUGUGGGGACAAAAAGCCAGGAAAUGUCACGGAAUACUUGAAACAACUAAUUGAAGACAUUAAUCAUAUUUUAGAUGAUGGAUUUGAGUUAAAUAAUCAAAUAUAUAACAUCAAACUUAUGGGGUUUAUAGCUGAUGCACCUGCCAGAAGGCCUCUGUCUCUUAAAGGAUCCAGGGCCACCACGUUUCUCGCUACGCCACUGACACUAAGGUCAUUUUUAAAGUGUAUCAAAGGACACAUGGCUUAUUUUGCUUGUGAAAAAUGUACAGAGGAAGGAUAUUAUACAGAGAAUCGUAUGUGUUUUCCUGAUGGCAAUGCAAAUUUAAGAGAUGACAAAUCAUUUCGUGAGAAAUUGCAGCCAGAACAUCAUACAGGAGAUACACCUUUACUAUUAAUACCAUCUUUAGGUUUGGUUACAAAUUUUCCAUUAGAUUACCUACAUUUAUGCUGUUUAGGUAUUAUGAAAAAGAUAAUUAGACUUUUAGUAAAUGGAUCGAUCAAGCAAACUGGAACUUUUGGAUGUGUAAGACUUCCUUCAAUAAAAAUUAAGGAAAUAAAUAAAAGGAUGGAAACAAUAGCACCAUUUUUGAGCACAGAUUUUGCUCGCAUACCGUUGUCACUAAAUAAAUAUCGUGAUUUUAAGGCAACUGAAUUAAGACAAAUAAUGUUAUAUACAGGGACAUUAAUAUUUAAAAACAUUGUACCGGAUCCUAUCUACAAGAACUUUAUUGCAUUUUACUGUGCAAUGCGUAUACUUUCAUCACCUAGAGCUACAAAUAAAGAUGAGAAUAAAUUUGCAGAAUCAUUAAUAAGAUAUUUUGUUGACACUUUUGGAAUUAUAUAUGGGACUUUUUUAAUUUCAUACAAUGUGCAUUCAUUACUUCACCUUCCCAAUGAUGUAUUAAGGUAUGGAAACAUAAAUCAAUUUAAUGCGUUCUGGUAUGAAAAUUUCUUAGGCCGAUUAAAAAGGUACUUAAAAUCUGGAAGAUAUGCAAUAACUGAAUUGUACAAUAGAAUUAUUGAAGAUAGAUCAGCAAGGGAAGAAAAAUAUUUGCCAACUAGCAACAGUUUUCCAGUUUUUAAAGAAAAUCAUAAUAAUGGACCACUAUUAAAUGAGCAUGCAAACUGUGAACAAUAUAUGCAUAUGAAAUUUGAACAUUUUAUUAUUCAAAUAAGAAAAUCAGAACAACAAAAUUUAUAUACUCAUCGAGACAACUGCAUAAUUGUAAUGGAUAAUAACAUCAAUAAUUACUUUAUAUUUGUUGUAGAAAAUAUUUUAGUUCAAAAAAAUAACGAGUUCAAAACAAUAAGUUUUAUAGGAAGAAAAUUUCAAUGCAUAAAUGAAUUUUUUGGAAACUCUGAUGGUAUUAGUAUUUCAUCAAUAAACGUUGGUGUGUAUUUAUGUAACUAUUUAGGACCGAUAGAACAUUAUGUAUUAAAUAAUAUGUCUAAUAUACAUAAAGCAUGUAUUGUGCCAAACGUUUCAUCAAACAUUGAAAGUUAUAUAGUUUUUAAAAUACUACAUUCAUAAAAAUAAGUUUUAUAGAUUGUAAAUGAAAUUA